AUGGGCACUGGCAUUGUCUCCCUGAUUUCCCUGGCCGUUCUGUCCUACGAGCGCUACUGCACCAUGAUGGCGCCCACUAUGGCCGACGGCCGAGACUACCGCCCAGUGCUGGCAGGGAUCUGCUUCUCCUGGCUGUACUCCGUGGCCUGGACUGUUCCUCCGCUGCUGGGCUGGAGCAAAUACGGUCCCGAGGGUCCCGGCACCACCUGCUCGGUUGACUGGAGGACCCAGACGCCAAACAAUAUCUCCUACAUCGUCUGCCUGUUCACCUUCUGCCUGCUCCUGCCGUUCAGCGUCAUCCUCUACUCCUAUGGCAAACUGCUGCAUGCCAUCAGACAGGUCCGCAGUGUGAGUUCGGUGGUGAACCGUCGCCGAGAGCAGCGGGUGCUGGUGAUGGUCGUCACCAUGGUGGUGUGCUACCUGGUCUGCUGGCUGCCGUACGGGGUGGCGGCCCUGCUCGCGACCUUUGGGCCCCGUGACCUUAUAACGCCAGUGGCCAGCAUCACGCCAUCCCUGCUGGCCAAGUUCUCCACAGUCAUCAACCCUUUUAUUUAUAUAUUCAUGAACAAACAGUUCUACAGGUGUUUCAGGGCAUUCCUCAGAUGCUCCACCCCCGAGCGAGGCUCCACCUUAAAGACUUUUUCACGGCCCACCAAGACGCUCCGCACCGUCCGCCAUGAGCAAGAUGUCCACGUGUCCGCUCUGGCCCCCUCCUCUGCCCUGCCCUCGCCCGACUCCGUCCACGGGUCCUCGCAGGGGGGCAGCCACGCGGCUCCGCCUCCAUCGAAUCGGGGCUCCGCCGCCCCCCGCUCCCCUGCUGCGGAAAGCCCCAAACCUAAACUGAUCCUGGUGGCUCACUACAGGGAAUAAGAGCAGGGAAACAAGAGCGAUCGUUUAGAGCGGGAGCGAGGAGCACGCGGGCAGGUGUCUAAUUAAGAAACAGAUCUCCCUGAUAGCAGAGAAGAGCACACGGUGAGCUCAGUCGGAGUCUCAGAUACAAACUGGGAUGUUUUAAUCCCAGGACACUUUAUCAUUGCUCUGUGAAGUCGGCGAACAGGGAUACACCAAAAAUGCCAGUCUCAUCCUGCUUACCAGAGGCACUGUAUACAAAGCAGAAGGAAGAUAUGAGGCCUGGGGCUAAACAUACUGUAAUGCUUCACGUUGAGACCUCUGCCAUUAGAUGUACUUGCUGUUAUCACAUCCAUCGUGCACAAGAGCAUUAAAAGUCGCAGUUAAGCUCACUUACCUCUGCCUCAGGUUUUGCAAAAAGGGCCGCGGGGGAUCCGUCAGAGAUUUAAAAUCUAACAAUCUUGCAUUCAUUUGUGUGGUUCCUUCCAUAAACCAGGAUGAGUAAUUUUCGUUUAUUCUGUGGAAAAAGUUCAGGGCUUUAGGGUCAGAGCACUGCCCAUGCAGAGCCAACAUGGAGAGGCUGAUUACAAAGCCGGACGACCGCUGUUCGGAAAAAUUUUGCAAAAAAAUGCUUGAAAGAAAGUCACAUCGCGGGCAAGCACUGAAGCAAUUACUCAUGCAGGGAGAGCUCUGCUCUAGCUUUUGGAUAUCGAGUGUUUUUGGAAUAAAAAGCCUUUAUUUGUGUGGAAUUCUGAUGUGUAUAUUUUUGGAAGAUUUGUUAACGGAUGCGCAGUGCGUAGAAUCCCAAGGGGAGCGUGCGUUAGCUACAAGCCAAGAAUUAGCAUGUUAGCGUUGGACGGGGAAAUAAGCACGAUAGCACUUUAUUGAUUCAGACGAACCAGAUGGAGAGGAGGCCGUGAAAUUGCAUUCGCUCUGCCCCAGUAAUACAAUUACGAAAAAUUAAAAAUCCACAUAAAUAGGUCAAGCUUCUUGUAUUGAUGAGGUGUCUCCGUUACACAACUAAAUAAUGUUCUUGCUUAGUCGGAGAAAUAAUUCAGGAACAUUGUGGAGCCGCACAACGUUCUUUGGUGGAGAUUUCAUGAACUGUUUGGCGAUUUUUUUUUUUUUUUUCUUACACAAGGCAAAGAGAUAUUUACUGUCAGCAGGAUUAUUCUCUCUUUUUCAAUUAUAAUUCGGUUUCCCCGACCCUGUUUCCAUGCCAAAUAUUGGAGGAUUUGAUACAGUGUUAAAAGAUUUGUUAAACUAUUUUAUGCAACUGCGAAGGUCUUUAUUAUGCCUUUAUUUACUCUCUGCUGCACAUAGGCCCUCUGUCAUCAAUGCUGGGACUAUUGUGAAAGACAUUAAAGGGACAUUUCACCAUGUUAUGAGGGACAUGUAAAGAGAGCUCACUGUUUUGAGUUGUGUAGAUGUUUCUGUAGCUGCUGUUUCUCUCUGUUUAGUGGAAAUGUG